AUGGAGGACGCCCAAGCCACUGCAAAAUGGGCAAACCGUGUCCUGCGCCCCUUGACCUCCAUCUGCCGUCGAAUCGCAAAGCACAAAGAAACGGUGUCGAUAAUCGCGACCGGGUCGAAACCACCCGAGACUGCAGAGGGCAGUGAUGUGUCUACGUUGGAAGCCCAUCACAAACCAGAAAGCCGGAACAACUGUUCAGGCUCGGAUGCGGAUCCGGAUGAAAACGACCCAGCUUGGAUUCCAGGAAAAAAGCCCGAGCGGCGUCGACCCAAACACAAAUAUUCGUCAAGAGCGGAAGGUUCUAGGGGGGGAAAGCGCAACAGACUAUCAAUACAUAGCCCGGAACCCUCACGAACCCUGCCCGGCGCUAUUGAGGUCGCAACACCACUCAUCACUGGGAGGAGAUGGGAGAUGCCACCGAGUGCACAGUCAGAACGCCCGGAGGGACAUUUCAACCCUAAUACCCAAUCGUCACGGCCGUUAGUCUUCCGUGAUCGAUAUUCGCUCCACAAGAGCCCUUGGCAGGAACUUCUCGACCAGUCUGGUGAUCCGGGCUUCGCCGACAUAGCACACAACCUUGAUCGUGUCUUUCAAAAUUUCCUUUGCAGUACUGUGAUAUCUAAGCGUGAAGUGAAGCAUUCAUCCGAAAGGAGCAGACGCGGUGCUCGAUCAUUACUGUCCAUGGUGGCACGCAGUCUGCCUGAAUUUAUUGCGAGCGAGCAGGAAGCACAGGACGAGUUGGACGAGGACGGGGAUGAAGAUAUGUGCAAUGCAUACUUUACAGAGUUGGAAGCAUUUUAUGCGCCUUAUGGGACAGGCUGGAAGCCACUCCGCGAGGCUGUCCGUGCGCAGGGUAUCUACUUGGUUUCUACCCUGAUACAGAAUCAUUGGAUAACAGACUCAAUUGCUUGUGCGCUGAUUGAGAAAUGUCGUUCAUUUGCACCUGAAGAAAGUGAUUCAUUGCUCUCCACAUUGCUUUCUACACGCAAAAAUUACCUAUACCCCCAGGCUCUAAGGCCAGUGGUGAGCCAUGACGCCUCGGAUCCAAUCCGAUUGUUACGAAAAUAUGCCCAUCAUGGCGUUGCGAGUCGCUCUUAUAUCUUCAAUGAACUUGCAAAGCUUCUUUUGCGGGGAGUGCUACCCCCGGAAUGGAUGGCGACCAAGUUAUGGACUAGUUGGAUGACACGAGCAACAAUUUCCCUUUCGAAAGAAGAUGAAGACUGUCCAGCGGCUACACGGUUGAUUGAAGCUGUGAUUCUCUCAGCUAGUGAUGCCCGCCCUGUCACUGUUGCUCAUCGUUGUACACAGAAACUCCCCCGAAAGGGAAGGCUGCUCGUGCCCGUGCGACUAGAGCUGCCUCCACCACAGCGUGGGAAAUCUCGAAUCUUGCGCGGCCUUGUCCAUUACAGGUAG